AUGACGGCGUACGUUGGACGAGCGUGGUCGAUGCUUCGAUUCUACACGGAUUUCGCAUACGCCGGUGUCGCCUAUCUCGUCAAUUCGAAAGCUCAUCGAGCAAUGCCGAGCCUAACCCACGUGGAGCCCAUCGAGAAGCUUUCUGACGCUGUCACCCGAAUCCUCGGCCACAAUCCAGGACCAUUCACUCUCCAGGGAACCAACACGUAUCUGCUAGGAACUGGUUCCGAUAAAAUCCUAAUCGACACUGGUGAGCCGAACAUCUCCGGAUACAUCUCCGCGCUGAAAUCCGUGCUCUCCUCCACGAAUUCUCAAAUCGCCUACAUUGUAAUCACCCAUUGGCAUGGAGAUCACGUCGGAGGAAUCGAUAAUAUUCGAGAGGAGAUUUUGAAUCACAAGAAGAUACCAAUCUACAAAAUGCAGAGGGAUAAAGAUGAAGGUGUGGAGAGAUUCACAUAUGUCGAAGAUGGUCAUCAGGUGAAAGUGGAUGGUGCCACAUUGAAGUUCAUCGCUACACCAGGUCACACUGCUGAUCACUUUGCGUUGUGGUUGGAAGAGGAAAGAGCACUUUUCAGUGGAGACUGUAUUCUGGGAGAAGGAACGACUGUGUUUGAAGACCUCCACGACUACAUGACGUCACUUCAGAAGAUUCGGGGGCUGGAUGCGACGAGAAUCUAUCCAGGACACGGGCCAGUUAUCAAUAAAGUCGGGGAGAAGGUUGAUGAGUAUAUUGAGCACCGAAUGAUUCGAGAGAGACAAAUUGUGGCAGUUCUCAAGGAUCAUGAAGAGAUUACGAGUAUGGAUGUGACGAAUCAAGUGUACAGCGAUUCUCCGUGGGCGGUGAGAUUGGCGGCGUUGAACAAUGUGAAGUUGGUUUUGAAGAAGUUGAUUAAGGAUGGGGUGGUUGAGAAUCCAUACUUUGAGACUUUCAAAUGGAUUGGAGAGAAGAAGAUUGAAAAGAAAGGAGCUAAUUUGUAA